GCAAGGAAGCGGAAGAGCCCUUGAUCGAAUCCGGCGUGCCGAGAGAUGGAGGCGGGCGAGGUGACGGUGGUCUCCGGACGCGAUUCCCCUGCAGCCCCGGCGCCCGAGUGCCCGCAUGGUCCAACUCUUUUGUUCACAAGGACCCUUCCAGGCAAAGGAAAGGCCAGAAGAUUUUACGCUUGUUCGGCCUGUCGAGAAAGGAAAGGCUGCCAUUUUUUCCAGUGGGAAGAUGAACAGAUAUCAGAAGCUCGUCUUUCAGCACGGGAAAAAUUCAACCAGAGUCAUCGUCCCUCUAGAACUCACUCCGACAACGUCAAAAGGUACAAGGAAUUCAUCGCCCUCCCGCCAGCCAAGAGGAGGUUUUGUCAAGAAUGCCAACAGCUCCUGUUGGCACCUGAGUGGGAAGGACACUCUGGCCAUCCAGUGCUCUCUGAUAUCUCCGCGGCCCAGCUGAGACGGCCGAGCCAACUCCUGAGCGCCCUGGAGGACAAGAAGACCAACGCACAGUAUCUCUUCACCGAUAGAAGCUGCCGCUUCCUGCUGGAUCUUCUGGUGGCGCAAGGCUUCAGAAGGGUGCUCUGUGUGGGCACUCCAAGGCUCCAUGAACUGAUCCAGAUGGAAGCUCCCUCUAAAGAGAAGGUCUCCAUGAAGAGUCUUCUGCUCGAUAUUGAUUUCCGGUGA